CGAGCGGAGGAAACUACAAAACUAAGAGUUCACUUUACCAGAAACGAGCCCUGCAACAGGAUUUGACACAAAAAGCGAGCGAAUGCAAGUUGACAGGAUGAUAUGCAAGAGUGACGCACCUCACGAGCAGUGAUUGAGAGGACAGUAAGGUAAGCACAAUUACAUUUACAAUUUAAAAGCUUUUCAUGCUGUUUAUUAGAUCUACUUCUUCUGUUCCUCGUUCUGCAGCUGUAAACACACUGUGCAAAGUGUGUGUGUGUGUCUGUGUGUAAACAAUGUCAGCCACAGGAAGUGAGGGUCUGUAGGGGUGUCACAGAGAUCAGAUAGUUCCGCAGAAGGUGCUGGUAAAAUAACCAGAUGUGGUUUUGUAGAGAUCACAUCUUCUUGAUUAUGGUCGCUCUCUGAGGAAGUUAGGGGUAUAAGUAGAGUUUAAAAAUUGAAAUCUCAACCACUGAUGGUCAUAGCAAAUGUUGCACCUCUGACACCAGUCCAAGCUGAGAGGCAGACAGUAAAGUGAAUCCACCAAAGUUCUAAUUCUUAUUGCUGUGAAUGUCUGCCAGAUUUUGAAAAGCUGUUUUUGAGACAGCAAAAGCUGAAGUCAAACAUUUGUCAGGAAAGCCUUUCAGGCAUGAGUCACUUAUUGAUUAUAUAUAUGACAAGUCAAACUUAAAGGGCAGGAAAUUCCAGCAGUAUCUCUAAAUCCCCUUACAUUUAGAGGCCAGUGUUUUUCCAGAGUAUCUCUUUAAGUGUUUAUCUGCCUUUAGUGUAGAACUAAGAGACUUUUCAUGAUGGUGUGGAAGAUACUAUCUAAUCUAAUAGCUAAAAAGGAGAAACCUACAGUCCUCUUGUGUUUGUUUCAUUAGGAUCUGAUCUGAAAGGAGAGGCAAACCAAGACUUCUGAAGUAUUUUUUGACAUCACAAGAAAAAAGCCCUAGAAAAUAAAAGUCCUGAAGUAAGUAACAGUAUAUUCAUUCAUUAUAAUUAUUUAGCUAUUUGGCUUAAGAAGAGCAAAUUUCAAGUUUCAAAAUGUGUCUUCUAUUUUGACAUCAGUUGUGCUUAUUGGUAUUUGAUGAAAAUGUGUCAUUUUUAUUGCUGUUUUUAAUUUACACCUUCCUCCUGUUAGAUAUCCAUGUUGUGUGGUGUUUUAGGUCUGGUUAAAUUGUGCGCCAAAGGGACAAAGUUAAGGUCAUUACACUCAUGGAGCUUUAUUCAGUUACAACAUGAUGACAAAAAGCCCCAAAAUAACUUUUUGCAAAGUCAUUUAAAACUAACCCAAAUGGCCUUGGUUGAGGUUCUUGAAGAUCCAAAAGGCCCAGUUCUGAACUGAACUGUCAAGAACUUUAAUCAUAUGUAGUUGCCUUUGUACUGAAUUUUUGAGCCAUGAUCUGUAUUUGUGAAACCUUUAAAAGAAGAUUAAGGAACAGCACAGAGUUGUGAAGUGAUGUGUAGUGAUUAAGGAGGCUAUACAUAAGGUUGGGACAAACUUGCACCUCUAGAGCUAGUGCUGCAAACUCUUAUUUGCCAAAUUUUUAGUACAGAUUCUUGUUAUUUAGUGCAGAGGUAAAAACUAAGCACGCCAAUGUUACAAAGGAAAUGACUCAUGCACCAGUUUCCUGCACUUUCAAAUACCAUGGCAGUUUUGUCUUGUUUGAAGUUUUUUUUGCACUUGACACAGCCUACUCCUCUGUCUUUAGCUUCCUUCUGUAGCAAAUUCAAUCAUUGCCAUUCACAGACUUUAUCACCUUACUCCUACAUCAGCCACCAGAAUGACUUUACACAUUUCUUAGUUUUUAACCAUCAAAAACUUCCAUAAUUUUCUCUAUAACAAAAAUUUUGCAUUUAGUGAAUACCUGCCUGCCAGUGUGCUGAUACUUCUGCAUUUUAAAAUUCUACUCUUUCAACUUAUCUUGUCUGUGCGGAAAAUGUGCAUUUGGUUCCUCCACAACGUGUCUGACUGAGUUUCCCAUGCCUGACAUGGCAAUGUUUGAUUGUACAUUUGUAUUUCUGCCUUCACAUAAUGUCUCUUCUGUAUGCACAGAGUAACCCUCCUUGUUCUGGUCUUCUCCACACAGCAGGAUGUCAUGAUUGGUUGUUGUUGUGUUAUUUUCUCCUGGUUUUAUUUAGAUGUAUUUUCUGUGUAUUUUACCUAUUUUUCCUGUUCCCCUGUGAUCCUGUUUUGUGAGUGUUCAGUUUACGUCUGGUGUAGUUUGACUUCCUGUUUAAUUUUGUAGGAAUUGAUCCCUGUGUGUAUAGUCAUGUUUCAGUUCCUGCGUUUUCCCUCCCCAGUGACCGUCUGCACCUGUGCCUCAGUGUGUCACCUGCCUCUUGUUGCUUGUUUCCCAGUGUGUGUAUAUAGUCUUCCCCUCUUUCUUUGUUGGUUCAUUGUAUGUAUGUACACUACAGGCCAAAAGUUUGGAAGCAAGGGCCAUUACAGGCCGAACAGUUGGGAGUAACUUCAAGUUUUUGUUCACAAUGCUUUUUUCUUUAAAUCCAGCAUGAGUUUUAUGUAUUUUAGGAUGUAUUUACUCCAUGAUCAUAUGAAAUGCACCAUUUUACUCCAUUUACCUUUAGAUAUACAUUGAUGUUAACAGACCAUUGCUAAAUAUAUGUCAGCAAAAGAUAAUAAGGGCUUAGUUUUAGGGUUGAAACAUUUGCAAGCGUCACAACUUCAGUGCAAAAGCAAAAAAAAAAACAAAUCAAAGUUGGAUUAUUCACUUUAACUUUUUGGCCUUUGAGAGCCUGCAUACAAAAAUCCUAAUAAAUCUCAACUGCAUCAAACUUCUGCAAAAAUGGCUAGAAAGAAGCAACUGAGUAAAGAAACAAAAGUACAGAUUUGUACAUUGAGGAAAAAAGGAUACACAGAAAGAGAAAUUGCAAAACGCCUAAAGGUGUUUAACAGAGGAGUCCACUACACUCUGAAGAGACUAGAGGACCUGGAAGUUAUGAGAUUUGUUUGAAGUAAAGGGUAUCAUGAAGAAGGAACAGUACCACUCCAUCCUCCAGCACCAUGCUGUUCCAUCUGGACUCAGACUUGUGGCUCAUAAGUUUGUUUUGCAGCAAGACAAUGACCCUAAGCACUCUGCCAAGCUCUGUCAGGGUUACUCAGACAAAAAAGAAGAGGAAGGUGUUCUUCAAAAGAUGGUUUGGCCCCCUCAGUCUCCAGAACUUUCUCCAAUUGAGCUUGUGCGGGAUGAAAUGGAUCGAUUGGUCAGAAAAACGUGUCCCACGAAUCAGCAGUGUCUUUUUAAUGAACUUAAGAAAGCUUGGAAUGAAAUCCCUGGAACAUACCUCAAAAAAAACUUGUGGAGCGAAUGCCUGGUAUAUGCCAAGCUGUUGCUAAAGCCAGAGGAGGUUACUUUAAAGAAAGCAAAGUCUAAGCAACAAUAACUCUAAUACCUAAUAACUAUGGUCAAAAUGUCUUCUGAUAAGUUACUCUUUACACAAUAGUCAUGUUUAUUGUGUUGCAAAUUAUAUAUAUGAAACUAUGAUCUUUUUUUGUACAAAUCUGAUCUUGCUUCAGAACUUUUGGCCUGUAGUAUGUAUGUACGUAUGUAUGUAUGUAUGUAUGUAUGUAUGUAUGUAUGUAUGUAUGUAUGUAUGUAUGUAUGAAUGAAUGAAUGUAUGUAUGUAUCCCCAGUUGAUUUGCUUGUGAUAUUUCUAGUGAUUUUUUUAUUUUUAAGUUGGACAUUUUAACAGUAAGUUUUUCUUUGCCUUUUCAUUAUUUGCUUUAAUAAAUCCUUAAUUCUGCAUUUGUUUUUUGUUUUUCUUUGUUUAUCCCUGCCACGUGACACAGUAUGAACAUAUCCGGAAAUGAGACAGAGAUGUACUACGACCAGAUGUAUGAUUACAACGAGACUACUUACACCUUCUGCGACCCAGAUCCCAGUCUGAUGCUGCCAGAAGGAACCAGGCUGGUUCUCUACUAUGUGCUGUUUUGUUUAGGUCUACUGGGUAAGUUAAUUAAAACAUAGUCUGUCUCCUUCUUUAUACAUUUCAUAAAUGGUUGCAUUUUAGGAAUUAAACACUAUUUCCACUGAUCUCACAGGCAACAGCACAGUCAUCUGGGUCCUCCUGCGUUACAUUAAGCUGAGGAGUAUGACAGAUAUAUGCCUCCUCAGCCUCUCCCUGUCUGACCUUAUACUGGCUCUGUCCCUGCCUCUCUGGGCUCACAACGCUGAGAGCCUUGCAUCAUGCAAACUGAUGACAGGAAUCUAUCAGGUGGGGCCUUCCUUCUUCUACCUCUCUUUCUUGUGUCUGUUUGUUUGACCUCAUUGUAAAUACAGCAUUUGAUAAAAAUAUAUAUAUAUACUGUAUCUAUAUAUUUUUUUUCAUUCUUUAUAUAAACAAGUAGGACAGCUGAAAAAGUUGUGGCUGGAGGUCAAACAUGCAACUGCUAUAGUCUGCAGAUAGGGGCCCAGAUCUAAAGUAGUGUAAGGCCAACCACAGCUUUGAGGUGAUAUGAAUUGUGCAAGUCAGAACAUAAAACACCCCAGCAAUCAAAAAAAGAGGCAUUUCACAAACAAGAGGGUGUUUUGCCCUUCCACGUGAGGGAGAAAAAGUCUGAUGAGUGGAGAGCACAUCCUACCCUCUGUUCUGUGUACUUACUAGAUAACAAGCUAAGGAAGGAAGAGCAGCAGGAAAUACCUCAAGGGUGCAGAACAGAGCCGACAUCAAUGACGCUGAUAAUCAGACAGCAUAAAAAGGGGGAGCUGGGCAGAAGAAGGGUUGCAGAACUGUUAGCAGAGGAUGCCGCAAAAGUGGCAGUUCAAAGAGAGCACUGAUUUUGAUAUUUGCCAAUUGGUAACUGGAAAGUAAUUGGUUGAGCUGUCUGCAGAUAUGAUCUGCCAGUAAGAUUAACUGAUGUACUGAAAACUGAGCUUGACUUUGUGGCCUGCCUGAACCAGAAAUUAUGAAUAAUGUUACAAGACUGAAUUCCAUGUUCAAAAUUUCCAUCAAAAGUGCCAUAUUACUCAUCACCAGUAUUUUGAUGUUAAAACUCUGCUUCUCUUCUCUUUGCCUUUUUGAACAGUUGGGUUUCUACAGUGGGACAUUGUUCGUGACCCUAAUGAGCAUUGAUCGCUACCUAGCCAUCGUCCAUGCGGUUGCAGCCAUGCGUACCCGGACACUUCGAUAUGGAAUCAUAGCCAGCCUCACAAUCUGGAUCAUAUCUGUAACAAUGGCAGCACCUCAGGUGGCGUUUGCUUCUUUGGAGUUUGAGGAUAACAGCUCCCAGUGUCAGCCGUUGUACCCAGAUGAGUGGGAGGAUUUCUGGAAGAUGCGAAGGAAUUUCAGUGAGCUCAUAGUUAGCCUCCUUGUGUGCCUCCCCAUCAUGGUUUUCUGCUAUGUAAAAAUCCUCAUGGUGCUGUCUAGAUCCAGGAACUCCAAAAAGGGAAAAGCCAUGAAGCUGAUAUUCACCAUAGUGUGUUUGUUUGUGGUGUGUUGGGUCCCCUACAGUGUCACAGUUUUCCUCCAAACACUAGAGCUCUUUCAUGUCUUCGACAACUGUAAUACCUCAACAGCUCUCAACACUGCCAUGAGCUUCGCUGAGAUCAUUGCGCUGUGUCACUGCUGUGUAAACCCCAUCAUCUACGCUUUUGUUGGAGAGAAGUUCAGAAAGUCCCUGAUCACUGUGUUGAAUAGGAGCCUUGGUGUGGGUCACCGUGGAAAUGGGGUAGUCACAGACACCACAGACAAAGAGACAUCCAACACAGCUGUCAGAUCAGAAUAUUAACACUUGUUAGAUAAGCCUAGUUUAUAUUGUGUUAUAAUGUGCAAGUAUAGAGUAAUUAUAAUUCCUGCAAAAAGAAAGUAAGAUAAAAAGGUGAGAAAAUGUUGUUUUGUGUGUGUGUUAUGAAUGAGGUUGCCGCUUUUGGAAGCUGUGAAUAUUGCUCAGGUUGUCCACAAUAGAUAAGAAAUACGGACUUGAAAGUAAAUGGACUUGUGUAGAAAGUUGUAUUCAAAUGUCAUUCAAUGUAUAUUUUUAAGUUUUUAAAUGUGUCUGCUUGUGUGGUCAAAAAUACUCGAAAUAAACUUGGUUCCCUUUUUCAUUUCCUUUUAAAAAACAA